GACGUAUUGAUGCAGGUGAUGCGGACGUGGCUGGUUUUGCUGCAGCCAUGGGGUGGGCAGUAUCUCUACCCGUAUUACAUAGCAGCCUAUCAGACUGAUCGAGAGACAGCGAAACUUGGUACACAGAUACAUCGGUAGUUUCUUUAAGGCUAUUGACUACCCUACUACUACAGAGGUUUGUCAGGAACGGCAUCACCAGGGAUACACACAGACAUACUACUUGUAGUUUUAGAGCUAUUAAUUCCGGGGACUGAGUCAAUCGCACUGUAGAUUCAUGAUUAUGUCUUUUUAUUCUUAUCAACCUACCACUGAGGUCUCUUUGUCUUUCGUGUUCUCGUCACCAAGCAACUGUCUCUGGUGUCUACACAUCACUUUUCUAGCAGGUGGCACCCGCGCGCGUGAAAUGCUAAAUGCAAAGCAGCCAGAGGAGUUUAUAGGAUUAGAAGCGGAGAGCUGGACCCACUUUAGGUCCGGGAAUGAUCGAUAUGUCGUCCAUUCGCGAGCAAAAGGAACGCACACACGCAUGCGGAACAGCAAGACACAUUAAGGCUUCAUCUGGGAAACCACCUUCUUUUUUCGGCAUCUUUUCGAUAUAGUACCCUUUUCUUCACCCUAUAGAAUAAGAACACAAAGGAACCAAUAAAGGGGCAGAGAUGAGAAGACCCACCGAGAUGAAUACUAAGGGGAGACUCCUCUAAACACAGCAGAGAGUAGUACUGCCAGAGCUGACGUCUGGCUUCUUCGGCCGCAGCGGACUGCUAGAUGAUUUGCGCUAUUUUUCGAUGAAUGAAUUGCAAAAUUUGCUAGACGAAAAUGUUGGCGAUGAUUUCGGAAGCACCAUAUCCGCGAUGAGGAAUGGUGGUGCA